UUAGUAUAAGAAACAGAACGUGGUUAAUUUGGUUAAAGAUUGGUUGAGAGUGGCCUUGGCCAAAGGGCAGCUGCAGCAAGGGUCAGGCUCUGCCCAGCCAACCUAGGGAACCAGGAGGAAGGCAGUUGUUGUCACCUCAAUCUUCAAUUUCUCCAUUUUCUAGGGCAAAAGGUGGGCAGUACCACAAAAAUGCUUCUGUUGCGAGAGGCCCAGAUGCUACAGACCCUACACCAAUCGCUGGCCAAAAGCAUCCCGGAGUCCCUGAAGGUGUACGGCUCCAUUUUCCACAUCAAUCGGGGAAACCCUUUCAACUUGGAGGUUCUAGCGGACUCCUGGCCAGAGUAUAAGACCAUCAUUACCCGGCCUCGGAAAGAGGAGAUGACUGAUGACAUGGAUCAUUACACAAACACUUACCACAUCUUUACCAAAACUCCUGAGAGAUUGCCAGAGUUACUGGAAUCCAAUAAGGUCAUCAACUGGGAUCAGAUUCUCACUAUCCAAGGUUGCCAACAGGGUUUGAACGAAAAGAUACAGAGUGUUGCAGCUUCAAAGUCACUACAAAUAGAUUACUCCAAGAGGUUUCUCUAUGCAACAGAAGCUGUUCUGCAAUUAAAGUCUUCCAAUAAGAGAAUGUUUGGCAGAUCCUAUGAAGAAACUAUCCCAAAUAUUGGAGAGUUUGGGAGUGAAGUUAAAAAUUUCAAACCUACCUUCCUGGAUGUCUCCCAUUCUGAGCUGGUGAACAACAACUGGAAAUUUGGAAAGAAUGAGAAGAGCCUGAGAUAUAUCAAAAGCUGUAUCCAGAACUUUCCUGCGUAUUGUCUGCUGGAUCCUAAGGGGAAUCCCAUAACCUGGAGUGUGAUGGAACCAACAUGUGAACUGAGGAUGGCCUAUACCCUCCUAGAAUAUCAAGGCAGGGGCAUGCUAAAGAAGAUGAUGGAGGCAUAUAUGAAAUAUCUUCAACAGAAUGAGAUUCCUUUUUAUCUUCACGUAGAAGAUAUGAAUGAGAAUUCCCACAAAGCAGUGAGGCACCUUAAUUUCAAUGCCAUGCCUUGUGAUUGGCAUCAAUGGAAAAGCACCCCAACUAGAUUUCAACACUUGCCUCAUUAUUAACUCAGUCUAUGUCAGUCUUGAGUUGUGCACUCCACUUGUAUUAUAUCUUAUUUUGAGACCAGGGUGUCCCUAUCUCA